ACCAAUAUAAGGGAUUAACUAACAAUCUUUAUUCACUAGGCUCAAUUAAAGGUACCGCAGUGGACUGAAAUGUAAAUCUUUGUGUUUCGAUCACGAUGUCGCUGGCUCUAUCGCAACCGCGCUGGCCGCAUUGAGGUGGAGGCAGAACGCAAAAGCGUACCGUACUUUCAGCGCACGUUCAAGAACCCCGGGUGGCCAAAAUUCAUCGACAGCCCCCUCGCUACUGAUUCAGGGCCUCACAACGCACUGUGACGUGUCAGGACGCUAAACACCGUACUGUAAUCUAAUUGCAAAUCUACCGCUAACAAACAAUUAUAUUCGGUUGGGCACACACAACUCCUAUGCUAGAUUGUUUUAACUGGUUCAUCAUAACGAACAGCGGAAGCUGUGAAUAUGCUUUUGCACAGCGCGUUUCUGAUGUGUGCGGGCCACUCGAAUUUGUUCCCGUUCUUCGCCGAACGCUUGUGUCGACAAAAGUGAUUUCCCGGAACGCUGCAUCUGCUGCACUCUCUGACGUGGAAACCAGCACUACAAAAAGAAAAAAAAAGAAGCCGCUGACCUAGCCCGCACGCUACGCUCCGAUAAGCAGUCUGUCGCGUGUACUACGCAGUCAGAGGCAGAUGGUGACUGCUCGCUUACUGAACGGGCAUGCACAAACCCCGCCCCGAGCACGCGAGAACUCUCCUGCGGCAGCACGAGGCUAGCUGUUGGAAUAAAAAGCAUCGCCGUUCUCCGCUGUCGUUUCCCAGUCGUUCUGUUUGAGACGUGCAAGACACGACAGUGGGACGGUUCUACGGAGUCUCAAGGAUAUGCGCACAGCCAUGGAGUACUGCCAUGUGGGGCUGUGGGCGUUGGCCAUGCUUGGUUACAGUAUGGCCGCUUCUGCGACGACCUGCCAGACGGAUGCUGACUGCUCGGUUAGUCAGCGCUGCGUUUCGCACGCCAACUUCUCCAGUUCUGGAAACUGUCAGACUGAUCGUCGUUGUAUUGACGCUUCCGGUGCGACAUGCUCAUGCAGCCCUGGGUACGAGUGUCGCAUGAGGGGUUGCCUUUCCGCACAGUACGAAUGGAAGAAGCACAUUAAUGGCUCCCUCUGUGCCCGAAAACUGCAAGAUUGCGGAUUUUCUGGCAUUGAAGUGGAGACCAAGACGCCGCAGGUGCUCCGCAGCGAGAGUUAA